AUGGAGAAACUUCACUAUUUUUCCUUUCUUGUCUUCAUCACCGGAUUCCAUGACUUCUUCCCUAAUGCGAUUGCAUUCACUGCUUCUUCUAGCUGGAUUCAAGCUCAUGCAACAUUCUAUGGUGGCAGUGAUGCUUCUGGAACAAUGGGUGGAGCUUGUGGAUACGGAAACUUAUAUUCGGCUGGUUACGGCACAAGAAGCGCCGCCUUGAGCACCGCCAUGUUCAAUAGCGGCGCCUCUUGUGGGCAGUGUUUCAAGAUUAUGUGCGAUGUUCAAACCGAUAACAAGUGGUGCGUAAAGGGUAAAUCUGUUACCUUAACCGCCACCAAUUUCUGCCCGCCGAAUUUUGACCUUCCUAACAAUGCCGGCGGUUGGUGCAAUCCGCCGCUACAUCACUUCGACAUGGCUCAACCUGCCUGGGAAAAAAUUGGUAUUUAUAGAGGAGGCAUCAUCCCUGUCAUCUACAAAAGGGUGGCAUGUAAGAAGCAUGGCGGAGUGAGAUUCACGGUUAAUGGAAGAGAUUAUUUCGAGUUAGUACUGAUAACAAAUGUAGGAGGAGAAGGAUCAAUUCAAUCUGUGUUUAUAAAGGGAUCAAGAACUUCAGAUUGGUCGGCAAUGUCGAGAAACUGGGGGGCGAAUUGGCAAUCGAGUUCAUUUCUGAAUGGACAAUCUAUUUCGUUUAAGGUGACCACGACCGAUGGUGUGACCAAAUUGUUCGAGAAUGUUGUCCCAUCAAACUGGCGGUUUGGUCAGACCUUCUCCGGUCCUGUUCAAUUCUAA